AUGCCCGAGGAUGAGAUGGUCCCCGCUGGGUCGUACAAGCUAAUCAAGCAGUUCCGAAGUGAAAACGCUUUCCGGAGCGCUAGGGAUAUGCCCUGGUCAAGGAAAAUCCUCGAUCUGGAAAAGAAGAAGCUGUGCGGACGAACGGCUUGGGCCUGGAUCCGGGUUAUCAUGUACUUCGGAUUCCUCUACUUAACGCUCAUCGCUUUUUUCUUUUUUUGGCGCUUAGUAUUUAAUAGUUUACAUAAUGACGAAAGCGGACCACGCUGGCUAAAGGGUCCGCCAGGCUUGUCCGUAUUUCCCACUAAUGGUAGCACUAUUUCGUACUACCAGCACCUAAUGGCUGACAUCUACCCGCUAGCAGAUAGGAUCGAUGAAUAUAUAUUCAACCUGGACGACAAUGCGGAGGACUAUUUUGAAGAGUGCAACCACGACGACCUUUGGGGCUUUCCGUCCGGCAAGCCCUGUUUAUUCAUUAAACUUAACUAUGUGUUGGGUUACAUACCGGCCACUUACGACACCCCCGGCACUCUGCCCUCCGACGCUCCCGCUGAGCUGGCGGAUAUUAUAACUAAAUAUAGCGGCGUCUCUAAGAUCUGGCUAACGUGCGAGGUAACCGCAGGGCCCGCUCCAAAAUUUCAAUAUAUCCCUGGGCCGUUCUACACCCUUGCCGAUGAGAAAUUACCAGCUAAGCCCCUUGGAAGAGUAGUUGCCGUCCAGCUGAAUGAAUUGAAACCAAAUUCAAAAACCUACGUUACGUGCUCGGCCUGGGCAAGGAACAUACCCAUCGACACCGAGUUCAAUGGGAUAGGACACGUCAAAUUCUCUGUGGAAAUGCGCACGGAGACCGUCCAAAAGCCGGGCGUUGAUAACUGGAAGACCACCGCCUCUCCUCCCAUACGUAGUCAUGCUCAUGAUCACGAUCAUGACAAUAAAAACGUCCAGCCAUUUCCCUCACUCGAUGGUGAGAUGAAACAGGAUAUGAAGGUCGACGAUCGAAAUUCCGAUUUUUUGAACAAGCCGGCUCUACCCAUGGUGGAACCGCCGGAGGGAGUUAUGGCUGAACAACCUUUGCCCCCACAAGAACCUCCAGAGGGUGGUCCCUAUGAUGAACCACCAACCGAGGCUCCCAGCCUAUAA